AUGUGCCUGAAGCGGCACCUGGGUCAACUGGCUGGGUCAAUUGAACGGCCGUCCGUCUGGUGCCCGGGCCAAUCACAUUCAUCCCCUGUCACGCGCGCCCAACACCGCAAUGGCCGGCGACUUCAUCGCGGGUCCUUCUAUCCCCAGCCUCAUUCCCAUCCCAUUCCCAUUCUCAUCCUUGCCCGUGCGAGAGCACAUGUCGCUCAUUUACUCAUUCAGUCAUUGACCUAUUCAUCCACCCCUCUUCCACUGGGCAGCGCCAGCCGCGCAGGCUCUCUGCCAAAGCACCCUCUCUCGUUUCCGCUUGGCCUCGUAUCCUCACCGCAUGUCGUUCGCCGCGCGCCAGUCCCCGACCCCCAGAUUGAUCGCAUGCGCAUUCCUUUCCUAGCUGCGACGGGCUUGUCGCUGUCGCUGCCUCGCCUUGGCGCCCCCUCCAUCUCCGAUUCCGACUGCGACUCCGCCUGCGUCACCCCGAAACGAGAAGACAUUUCCACCAUCUGGGCUACGCCUCACGAUAGCUACUCGUCGUCAAUUGGCGUGCCCGGUUGCAAGAUCAACACAAAUCGCGUGGCAUACUGGCCGCAGUCAGUCGACUGCGACAAUAUAUGUGUCUCGCUCGAGUACGAGGAUCGUCAAGUCUACCUCCUCCGAAUCGACCAAUCCACCGGCGCCCACGAUGUCAGCUACGAUGCGUGGAAUUACCUCUACACGGGCAAGUCUGCCACGGAGAAGCCAACCUCGGGCGGCCCCGUUGCCAUGCAGUACCGUAAUGUCGAUGCGUCAAAGUGCAAAUCCCUCAUUCACACAAAGGACAACAAAUUGCCCCUGAGCGCAGCCAACAGCAUGAACUUUCUCGCGGGCUGUCUGGCGCAAUCCGACAGCUGGGUAGCAAACAACUACAUGGCACUCAACAUUGUUGACUCUAUAUGUACUCUUGGCGUGGACGAGCUGUGCAAAUUAAACUGGCCAGAUGCCAAUCAGCCGUCUUGUCCACAUGUCUUGGGUGGACAGGUUUCCCUCAAAGACGCCCCCGUUUAUAAUAUUCAAUACCCAUCGGGCAAGAAGGUUCUGGCUUCAUCCGGACUCCCCAGCGCUGGCGGCGGUGGAGGUAGCAGCAGCGAUGAGGAUAAUGCUGCUGGACGUUCCCGACGCUCUUGGGCCUUGCUCGUCUGCCACGCCUUGUUUGCGGGACUGGACAAUGUGCGGCCAGAAUGGCUUCGGCCGGCGGCUGUAGUUCCCAAUGCAAGUCGAAACUACGGGCAGUGCCGUCGAGACGGCGGCCGCGGUCUCCCAGCCGCGGCCACAUCCGAAUUCGAUUACGUACCCGAAUCAUGA